UUUUGCCUUUCGCCUGGCAUUCGUAUAUUCGUCGUACACGUGCUCGCGCGCCGCUACCGUGAUGAUAUAAAUCGGUUGUCUUACAGCGGCGCCGCUGGGCAUCGCGCCGAAUCCGUGCCGUUCGCGUCGGGGCCGCGUUCCCGUUGCAGAGCCGUCUCGCGCGCGAUACGGAGCCCUAGCUCCGUUCGGUCUGGUUUCGGAACUCUAGAGGAUGUCGCGUCGCAACGGUUCUGUGUCUCGUGCUGCGGAGACAGCCUCCAAAAAUCGAUUACAUAUGGAUCGAAAUCCACAGCACUCUAGGAUCACUGAUGGCAAAAUCAGACGUCCUAAUCCGUCAAAUCCAGCAGGUCGUCGUAAAGAACUCGAUAAUGUAAUGAAGCGUGCUCGUCAAGCCUCACCAGGCAGCUGGGAUAGGAAGCUGUUAGAGGUUGAAGAGAAGGAUCCUAACAGGUGGCGUCACACAGGCUACAAGCAGUUAUACGUAGACGGCGCAGGAUCGGCAUCACCACGGCGAUCACGCUCGCCGCCUCAAAGACGAUCCAGGUCACCAAUUGCACGUCGGUCUCGGUCUCCUGUCGGUCGUCGAUCACGGUCACCAAUAGGCCGUCGGUCGCGUUCUCCUGUAUUACGUCGUUCUCGCAGUCGCUCACUACGUCGUGUGGAUAAAGGGGGACCUAGACGUAGCCCACCUAGGCGCAGUCCUGUUGGACGCAGUGUACAGCGUCGGUCAUCGCGGCCCCGUUCUCCUCCCCCGCGUCGCGAAUCGCCACGCGCUAGGGUUCGCCCUCGUCCGCCGCCGCCAUCCAGGCCGAACAGGCCUCCCUCGCCACCUACUAGGAAGUCGUCGCCGACCGGAUCUUCUUUGAGCAGUUGUUCGGAUGAGUCAUGCUCAGUAUGCUCUGCCAAGAACAAGAAACCUUCGCGUCCGCCUCCCAAGCCGAAACCGGGUACCAAGGCACCUGCGCCGCCGAAACCAAAUAAACCCGGAGCGCCAGCAGUAGCGCCGAGCAAGCGCCUCCCGCCUCCUUCAUCUACGCGUGCUGUUCAACCUACAAGGGAGUUAUUGAAGGCCAGGGAAGCUAGCAAACGGUCACGGGAAGAGAAGGUCUUGGAAUGGCAACGCUCCCAAAUAGCUGCAAACCGUGCUCCCGCGGCACCGAUACCUACAACCAACAUCAAACGAGAGGGCGAGCGCCGUCCCGCUCAAUCUGCUCCUCCAAGGCCUCGCAGGGAGGAGAGGGGUGUCUCCCCUGGAGCCAUUGCUGCGGCGUUGAACGAUAGCGGCAGUGAUAGUGAGAGUGAUACGAGCUCAGAACCGGCACCACAAAGGUUAACCCUUUCCGAACGCUUCGGUAAGAUGGCCCAGUGGUCAGCUGACCGGUCAGCCCGUCUGGAGAACAUGCGCAUAACGCGACGUGACGCGACGCUGCAUGUACACAUCGACAGCAAUGAGAGGGAAUCGCCACCGACUAUGGAGUACCCCGGUUUGGAAGCAGCACCUGUCGGCAGUUACCCAGAAGAACUACUGGCUGUAGCACCGGGCGGAUUACCGUCUUGGGAUGAUGUUAGAGUCAGAUACGACUAUUAUAAAAAGAGGGGGUAUCUAAGAGGUUUAACCUUAGGCGAUUACGUGAAAUGGGAAGAGUGGUGGUACAAGUACCAGGAGUGGCUAAAGCGUGAGCGUGCCUAUGAGAGAUGGGCUGAUGCUGACCAGAGCUCCGUAAGGCGCGAGCGUCGUCGCCGUGGAGGCCGCCACAGACGUAGCUGAGGGGGCGCCACGUCUGUAAGUCGUGGCACCCAAGCACCGACGCGUUUGUGCACUGUUUUGGCAUUGGAGUCCAGAUAUUCAAACGUCAAUCGGAUGAUAAAGACAUUUAUUGUAUGCGCAUUGUCUAAUUAACAAUUAUGUUCAGUGUCUAAUUUUAAAACGCAUGUUUAACGUAUAUAUUACCAUUGUAAUUUAUAAAGGUUAUAAUUAUAACAGAAUGAUGUAGUAGUUUGUGAUGUGAAAGUGUCUAAGACACUAACAAUUUUUUCGAAUACGUAUAUAUGCAAGCAUAGCAGCUAUUUAUUGUAUUUAUUUGAUUAGAAAGUAGGAAAUUUUUUUUGUGAAGUAAACAUAAUAAUAAUUCUUUGGCAGACCCUUUUGUAGCGCAUAUAUCUUUGUUACAUCUUGUGUAUUUAAGCUGACUAGUUCAAUGUGGAAUCUACAAUGGAGGCGCUAGUGACAGAUUUUGACUUAAUUUGAAUGAUAUUUAUAGUCAGAGAACAUGUCCGUAGAAGAUACAGCAAAAUAUUCCGCAAAUUGGUGAGGGGUCCGUAUUAAGUUGUCAGUUUUGAAAUAGAUCUUAAUUGUGUAUAAAUUACAGUUGUCAUUGCAUAGAAAAUAGAUUGAUAUUACAGUAAAAUAAAUCGCAGAUACCAUAGAGUAUUUAAUUGUUAUAAAUAUUAAAAUAAUCAAUACGAGAGCACAAACGAUAUUGGCACAAACUUGUUUGGUUUUUGUUGGUUGAUAAAACAUUUGUCUGUUUGCAAGCCUUAGACUCUAAGGCAUAAAUGCAAAUAGGAUUUCGCUUUUCCGAGAGAACACUUGUUAAAGUGUAUCCGAUAAAUUAUUUAGCAAUUGAUAUCUUUAAAUACAUUAAAUUAACGUAGAAUUUUAAUAUUAAUGCAAGUAUACUUUUAGCGGUAAGGUAAAUGAGUACACUGAGUACGCUUUAUUCGGUUAGAGUAACACCUCUUUUGUGUGACGCGCAUUUUGUUUUGUACGCGUAUCGACUCCGUAGGAGCAUCUAAAUAUGUUGCCUAAUAAUUGGACACGAGUUCCGUUGGGUGACAUAGAUUGUUGGCAAAAAUACCAUAGAAUAUUCCACUACAGAUACGCUUGCAGAGCAAAACAUGCAUGUCAGGAAAUUGGCCUCUCAUGUGGACGCAAACUCGUCCGCUUCAACAAGAAUUUAGAGGCAUAAGAGGUGCAAAGUUGUGAUAGUGACCUAAAGGUCAGUACUACAACUUCGUACCUUCUUUUUAUCGUCUUCCCGUACCCUGGAGGUACUUCGCGGAGCGCUAGUUAUUUUCCGCACCGAAAUUGCAUGUGCUUGAUUAUAGACGUACCUAACAAAUAUAUUGAUCAAAAUUAUUUAUAAUAUACCUAUAUAAUGUUAAUAAGUACAUUGUAAAUACAUAAUUAAAAUUAUUUCCUUAUAGACUUAUAUUGCACGAUUCUCGUAGCCUAUUUAUUUUGAUAGUAAGCACAAAAUUGUGUAAAUUUAAAUCUUAAGGCCUGGUCAGAUUUACGCGUUAUUCGCUACCGUUGUGAGUAGCGAUACUCGAGUGGGUACGCGGUAUUCCCACAGUUCACACCUAAGCCGUAACCUUAUUCAAUGCCAUUUAUUAUUAUGUCAACUACUGAUUUGUGGGCUGUGCAGAGGGAUGAAUUUGCCUCCCCGUGGCGUGUGGCGAAACCUGUUUCGCAAAGCAAAAGCGAAAAGAUACCGCCUACCUGGGCGGUGUGACGCGAUAUUCCGGUUUCGCUCUAGCCGCGGAACUUCAUACAAAUAAAUGCCCGGCGAGAUACCGAGCGGUAUUUGUCGCUAACCCACAGCAGUAGCGAAUAUCGCUUAUCUGAACAGGCCUUUAAUCAUGUGUCGUCUUGUGGAAAAUUAAUAAAUG